GCAAAUGAAAGAAGGUGGAAGAUGAUGUUAACAUGGGAUUGGCGCGAGAUAAGAAAAAGCUUGAAAAAGAGAGACAAAAGUAUCUAUGAUUGGACGAAGAAACCAAAGCCUAUCCACUUCUACUUCUCCUCUCUAAUCACCAACGAACCUUCACCCUCUCUAGAACCCUGAUCAAGCCGCUUGAAGCUAUUAUUCUCUCCUGGAGUGUUUUAACGAGAUUGCAUCCCUCUUUAUGGAUGUUAUAGAAAGGAGAAUUUCAUCUGGCUAUGCCAAACCUCCAUGGACAUUCAAAGGAAGUGCCUUGUACCAGAUUCAUCUUGUGAAGGCUGCUACUGCUCGAGCAUUCAUCCCUAAGGAACUUCGAUUAGUUGAAGCUUUUGGGUAUAACAUAGCUUCUUACAUGGCUCAUAUUCUAGUUUUGAUAUCGUCUUAUUGCUUUGGGACCUUCAGAUACACUCUUGGUGGGUUUUUCCUUGCUAGCUACGAUGAUAGCCCAGCUGGUGUCUUUGAUGAGCUUGUCGUGAUUGCAGGAACUGUAUGGAACCCUCCUACAUCAUGCGCAUGGGCCGCUAGGGUGCUCGUGAACAGCAAUGAGGCUUGUCAUCACGGACGCAAGGUAGGUGGGUCUUCUUUUGUCUCUUAUUAUAUAUAUCAAUGGAACGUCGAGAGAUUGAAUGAUAAUGAUGUGUUAUUAUUAUUAUAUAACAUGGUGGUGUUGCAGGAAGUAGGACUACCAAGCCAAGUUGCAAGAUUUUCAAAAAAAAUCACUGCAGUUCCAAAGCGAAAAAGGGAGAGAGCAUUUGGUUUCUUGGACACAUUUGGGCUGGGAACUACGCUGUCUCAACCUGAAGACUUGGUAGAGGUUAAGGUUAGUGAAGUUGAUGGUGCUGCUUCUGCAGAUAUCUGCAGUAUCAAAGUUAGAUCAGACGAAAUGGAGAAAAAACUCGGAAGUUGGAUGGGACCAGCAAUCAAAAUGUCGCUGCCGAGUUUUAGUGGCAAUACAAAGUACUUUCCAGAUCUACUCAAAUACUCUUGCCACCUUCACUGCAGGGUGAGGCCUGUAAGACCUGCCGUAGUAUCACAUCCUUUUGAUGAUGAGACAGAGAAGUUUUCAGAAGAGAAUCACACAUCACAAGAGUUGCAUGAAAAUGAAAAUGAAAAUGAAAAUGAAAGGCGGUUAAGCGUAGCAGUGUUGCUAUCAAAACCAAUCAUAGCUCUUCAGUUUAAAGACUUAACAAUGCAAGUAGAAGCUCCUGUUGUAGUUUAACACAACACUAAAGUUCCAAAAACAUACACUUCCUUCCUACUACAAGGUUCACAUCUUUACAACAACAAAAAUAAAACAAACCUUUCCGAAUUUUUUUUUGGCUUUUUUAGCCGAUUUAGUAAGAUCCAUGUUCUUAGGUUAAACCUUUUGCCAAAAUCUUUACAUAAGCUCAAGAGAUGAUGGUAAUGAUCAGAACUCUUCAGGCAGAGGAUGACCAUCCAAGAACGCUUUGAAAAGCACUAGUGAUCUCUCAGGCUGUGAGAAUGGGACCUCAUGUGAAGCUCCUCUCACUGUUGCAAAUGACAAGACAUUUCCAUAGACUUGAGUCCAUCCACCGACCUGAAACAAGAAACAGAAUGUGUUACUUUUAGUUUUAUUUUAUUUUUCUUUCUUUUCUUUUUACAAUAAAAGGGUGAUGUUUUUGUGUA